GCAGUGACAGCAUGGACUCGCGCUGCAGGGAGAGUAAAGCGAUACAAACCCCCUGAAGAGAGGUAACUUUUACCUGGACACCCACAGCCUGACGCUCACGCUGACAUCAAACAGGGUAAAAAAAAAAAAAAGUAUUUUUGAUAUCGCAGACUUCUUUCCCCGCAGCGUCGUGACUUUUGUUGCCUUUGUGGUGUCCUUUUUAUGGGCUCGGGACUAAUAAACGAAAAUGAACUCAGUGGGCAGGUGUGCUUGCAGGUUAAUUAACAGCUACGCUUUGUUUUGACGUCGCGGAUUCAAAUGGGGUUGGCUUUGAAAUAGGUUAUAAUAGCAAAAAUAAAAAGAAAUGGAGCGAAGUGGAAGUGAGUCGUCGUCCUCCGGUUCAAACACCUUGUCCGAGGGGGAAGACAUGACACCCGUGCUGGACAUCAAAGUUUCUGGAGUUGGGGAUGAUGGUGAUGGUGAUGAUGAUGAUGAUCACAGCUCGGACAAGGACACAGCUCGGGAUGAAGAAAGUGAAGACGAGGACGAAAAGUUGGACAACAUCCUCUACCCUCCCUCCACAUACCUCAGGAAGUCCAGUAACCCCGAGCUGACUCAUGGAUUAAGUCCCGCUCUUAAAUUUAAGCGUCAUCUCAGUGAGGAUGGAAAACAUGUCAGAAGACGGAGCCUCGGGGGCGGCCUCACAGGAAAGUACCUUCUGCUUCCCACCAACCCCCAGCAGACCCAGACAGCAUGGCAGCCGUCGUCUGAGAUCUCUAACCUGGUCCGUAUGUGUUCCCUGAACCUCGGAAAGUCCGACCCCUCCCUCAACACCAGCCUGAAAGAGCUGAGUCUUCCUCGAAGAGGCAGUUUCUGCAGAACGAGCAACAGAAAGAGCCUCAUAGGAAGCGGACAGUCUUCAGGUUUACCACGACCUCACUCCCCCCUCUCAUCUCUCACAGGAACGAGCCCACAAGACAGUCCUAGAAAUUUCUCUCCCAGUGCCUCCGCUCAUUUCUCCUUUGCACGAAGUCAUUGCCACAGAGCAGACAGGACUGAUGGUCGCCGCUGGUCGCUGGCCUCUCUACCCUCCUCUGGAUAUGGAACCAACACGCCAAGCUCCACCGUCUCUUCAUCCUGUUCAUCACAGGAGAAGCUGCACCAGCUGCCCUUCCAGCCUACGCCCGAUGAACUGCACUUCCUCUCCAAGCACUUCUGCACUGAGAGCAUCUCCGGGGACGAAUGCCGCAGAGCGACGGCCAUGCGGCCCCGAUCACGCAGCCUCAGCCCUGGAAGAUCUCCAUCAUGUUACGACCAUGAGAUUAUCAUGAUGAAUCACGUCUACAAGGAGCGUUUUCCCAGAGCCACGGCUCAGAUGGAGGAGAGGAUUCAGGACGUCAUCCGCAGCAACUCUCCGGAGAGCGUGCUCCCUUUGGCAGACGGCGUGCUCGGCUUUGCCCACCACCAGAUAAUUGAACUGGCCCGUGACUGUCUGGAGAAGAGUCGGCUAGGACUCAUCACCUCCAGCUACUUCUGUGAGCUCACUGACAAGCUGGAGAGGCUCGUGCAGGAGUCCACAGAGAGAUCAGAAAGCGAGGAGGUAAACUUCAUCAGAGAGCUGGUGAAGAAGAUCCUCAUCAUCAUUGCUCGACCGGCUCGACUACUGGAAUGUCUGGAGUUUGACCCGGAAGAGUUUUACCACCUUUUAGAGGCCGCUGAGGGACACGCUAAAGAGGGCCAGGGCAUCAAAACGGACAUCCCUCGUUACAUCAUCAGCCAGCUGGGACUCACGAGAGAUCCUCUGGAAGAAAUCGCUCAGCUGACCAGCUGUGACAGCGGGAUUGCAGAAACACCAGAAACUGACGACUCUUCUCAGAGCCUCAGCACGGCGCUGCGGUGCCGCCGUAAACCCUGUGAGUUGGACUUUGAGAUGACAAAACUCAUCAGCAAUGGUGCCUACGGAGCUGUUUAUCUGGUUAGGCACAAGGAGACGAAGCAGCGUUUCGCCAUGAAAAAGAUCAACAAGCAGAACCUAAUGCUGAGGAAUCAGAUACAGCAGGCCUUUGUGGAGAGAGACAUCCUCACUUUCGCUGAGAACCCUUUUGUCGUGUCCAUGUACUGCUCCUUUGAGACGCGGCGGCACCUGUGCAUGGUCAUGGAGUAUGUGGAAGGAGGAGACUGUGCCACGCUUCUGAAGAAUAUGGGUCCGUUACCUGUCGAUAUGGCCCGGAUGUACUUUGCAGAGACGGUGUUAGCUCUGGAGUAUCUCCACAACUACGGCAUCGUCCACAGAGACCUCAAACCCGACAAUCUGCUGGUGACGUCGAUGGGACACAUCAAGCUGACAGAUUUCGGGUUGUCUAAAGUCGGACUGAUGAACAUGACGACGAACCUGUACGAGGGUCACAUAGAGAAAGACGCCCGGGAGUUCUCUGAUAAGCAGGUGUGUGGAACUCCAGAGUAUAUCGCUCCAGAGGUGAUCCUGAGACAAGGCUAUGGGAAGCCGGUGGACUGGUGGGCGAUGGGCAUCAUCCUCUACGAGUUCCUCGUGGGCUGCGUGCCGUUUUUUGGAGACACACCGGAAGAACUGUUCGGACAGGUCAUCAGUGACGAGAUCAACUGGCCUGAAGGAGAGGACGCUCCGCCUGCUGACUCCCAGGAGCUCAUCACCUUGCUGCUCCGACAGAGCCCUCUGGAAAGGAUGGGCACAGGAGGAGCAGCCGAAGUGAAGCAGCACCAGUUUUUCCACAACCUGGACUGGAACAGCCUAUUGAGGCAGAAGGCCGAAUUUAUUCCUCAGCUGGAGUCUGAAGAUGACACCAGCUACUUCGACACUCGUUCUGAGAGAUACCACCACCUGGAGACGGAGGAAGAGGACACAAAUGAUGAAGACUUCAACGUGGAGCUGCGCCAGUUCUCCUCUUGUUCUCACAGAUUCUCUAAGGUUUACAGCAGCCUGGAUUUGUCCCGUGGACACCUGGAGGAGAAGGGAGAGACGGAGGGGAAGAAGAGCGAGAGCCCGCUGACUGUCGACUCGCUCAGCUGGACGCCAGACUUUACUGAAAUGCCGUCGCUGUCCCACUCCACAGACACAGACGGUCUGAAUCCGGGCCCUCGCCCCAACUUGUUACCAAAGUUUGCCAUCUCAGCAGAGAGCGAGGGGGACGAGACGUCAGGCCUCGGUGACCCCAGCAAGACCUCCUGCUCUGUGGGAGAGCUCCCGCAGGACGAGCCCGACGCCACCACUCCCGGCAGCACCCACAGUGGAGCCACGCUCUCUGGAAGUUUCUCAGAACAUUUGGACCAGCUGACACCAAGAGGUGAGGGGCUGGAGAGCCCAGACAGCACCAGUCACACCUCUGCAGACCAGGCAGCUCAGAACAACUCUCUGCGGCCUGAAAGUGCUGCCGAGAAGACCGGAGCUGUGGCCAAAGUCCCAAAGUCUGUCUCAACCGGUGCCCUAUCCCUCAUGAUCCCUGGAGAUAUCUUCGGGGUGUCUCCGCUGGCGAGCCCUCUCUCUCCGUACUCGCUGUCCUCAGACCCGUCUUCCAGAGACUCCUCUCCGAGCCGGGACUCCUCCCUCUGUACCGCCAACCCGCGGCAGCCCGUCGUCAUCCACAGCUCGGGGAAGAAGUUCGGCUUCACGCUGAGGGCAAUUAGAGUGUAUGCUUGUGACGGUGACGUCUACACUGUCUACCAUAUGGUCUGGAAUGUAGAAGACGGAGGGCCGGCACACAAAGCCGGACUCAAAGCUGGAGACCUGAUCACUCACGUGAACGGAGAACCAGUUCACGGCCUCGUCCACACUGAGGUGGUGGAGCUCCUCCUCAAGAGUGGCAGCAAAGUUGCCAUCUCCACAACCCCCUUUGAAAACACUUCGAUAAAAACUGGUCCGGCCCGGAGGAACAGCUACAGGAGCAAGAUGGUGAGAUGUGCCAAGAAGCCCAAGAAGGAGAAGACGCCAGAAAGGCGCCGCUCCCUUUUCAGACGUUUCGCCAUGCAGCCGUCUCCCCUCCUCCACACGAGCCGCAGUUUCUCCUCUCUCAACCACUCUCUGUCAUCUGGUGAGAGUCUCCCUGGCUCCCCCACCCACAGUCUCUCCCCUCGUUCCCCUACUGCCACCUUCCGCCCCGCACCAGACUUCACCCAGUCAGGCGGUAACUCCUCCCAGAGCAGCUCCCCCAGCUCCAGUGCUCCAAACUCCCCCGCAGGUUCCGGCCACAUCCGUCCCAGCACCCUCCAUGGCCUCGGCCCCAAGCUGCCAGGUCAAAGGCUCCGACAGGGGCGCCGCAAAUCUGCCGGCAGCAUUCCCCUUUCUCCUCUGGCUCGCACACCUUCACCAACACCCCAGCCGACAUCUCCUCAGCGUUCACCCUCUCCACUUCUCGGUGGGCAUCCUGUCGCCAUUUCCAAGACCACCCAAGCCUUCCCAGCUAAAAUACAUUCCCCUCCCACAAUCGUACGCCAUAUUGUGCGCCCGAAGAGUGCCGAGCCGCCACGAUCUCCUCUGCUAAAGCGUGUCCAGUCUGAGGAGAAGCUGUCCCCCUCUUACACUGGAGAUAAGAAGCACUUGUGUCCCAGAAAGCACAGCCUGGAGGUGACACAAGAGGAGGUGCAGGAUGAGGAGGUGAGGCCUGGGGAGCGGGAUUACACCGUCCUGCAGAGUGUGGAAGAAGCAGCCUGCGAGCCUCUGUCGAUCACCCGUGUUCGACCGGUGGAGCAAGGCUGCUUAAAGAGGCCUGUCAGUCGCAAGAUGGGCCGGCAGGAGUCUGUGGAGGAGCUGGACAAGGAGAAGCUGAAGAGCAAGAUGGUUGCAAAGAGACAGGACUGGUCAGAGAGGAGGGAGUCUCUGCAGAAGCAAGAUGCCCUGCGUGAAUGUGAAUCAUCACCCGUGUGUGGUGAUGACAGGGAGGAAAGUUUUUUGCUCAGAGGCCAAAACAAAACCCAGGGCUGCCCGGACUCUGGCCCUCUGGAGGCCAAAGCUGCCAGCACAACCCUCAAAGACGUGCUGUAUAAGAAACUGAACACACGCGCCUCUGAGGGCAUCGCUGAGACAUCUGGCGGUGAAAGUGACGGAGGACUCAGAUCAACUCUCUGCUCUAUUCACCCCGAGUGGCAACACUCCAGACAGGGUAAAGAUAACAUGAAGCCAGACAGACUGGACUUCAAAGCUCCCAACAUCGAGUUCACCAGGAAGAGGCUCUCGUUUGAAGAGCGGGAGGACUGCAUGUGCCGGUUGUCCUCUGGCAUUCAUGAGAACCUGCACUUCGGCUCCACCAGGUCUAAGAGCCUCCAGCUGGACACGGCCAUGUCCCACGACCACAUGAAGGCUGGGCUGGGAAGUGUUCACUCGAGCCCUGAAGGUCUGUCCCCCAAGCUUUUCUCUGGCAGGGGAGAGAGUGCUGUGGAAAAACUCCAGCUCAUCUCCUCCGCAGAGUCUCCGCUCCGUAAGACAUCAUCUGAAUAUAAACUCGAGGGACGCCACGUGUCCUCUCUCAAACCUCUGGAGGGCACUUUGGAUAUCGGUCUGCUCUCGGGGCCCAGAGUCUCCAAAACAGAAACCUGUUUAUCGAAGAUGGCGGAGAACACAAGCGACACUGUUUCUUUGAGUCCUCCGAUUUGGCUCCAGACCCCCGCUGAGAGACAAUUAACCAUCCCCCAACUGAAAGCUUCAGACAAGCUGAAGAGUCCCCUGACUUGUUCCCCGAGCCCUGAAGCUGUUUCUUCUCUAAACAGCAUCGUUGCAUCCAAAGAUCAGUUACAUCAUGCAGCCACAGAGGUCAAAAUGAAUACAAGUGGAGAGAAAACACAGGACAGACUCAGUGAAUCAUUAAAGGCUCAAACAGGCAAAGUGGAGGCCUUUACUGUAAAACAAGAGAGCAGGACGGGUCUGAAGUCCAGUUCAUCACUGGCUCAUGAGCACAGAGGCCCUCGACACAGCUCCCACUUCUCCUCCUGUGGAAAAACACCCUCCAUACGGGAAGUGAGCAAUGAAGAUCAGGAGGAUGAAGUGGAGCCGCAGGAAGUCAAACCGCACACUACAUCACAGAAUGCCGACAGCUCCAAGACAGUUGUCUCUUUGACUUCAGCAAAGUUGGAGGCAGACAUAAAAAAUACAGCUGCCAGUGGACCAUUACCUGUGUUACUGAAGCAAAGUCUAAACUGUGGUUUGGAAACAGGUCAGAGUCAGAACUGCGAGAAGAAAGCAGCUCCUGCACAGAGCUCAAACAUGACCUUGGUUACUGAGGUGACUGCACAGAACAAGUCUGUAUGCCUUCCAGAGAAUGUGCUUUCAAAACAGCAGAACAUCUGCUCGGCAAAUACAGAAGCACACAUUUCUGUCACAGCAUCAGCAUCUGGUUCUGUGCACCAAGAUAAAUCCUGCAGUUUAAAAUCAGAAGGUCAGGAAAGGUCUGUUAGUAAGGACAGAUCGGCUGUGAACGUGAUCGUUGAUUCAGGCCCAAAGAAGGAAGUCAACGUGUGUGUCGCAGUUGCGAAAGUGGAGCAGAGAAGAGAUGUUUCUCCAGUAAACAUGGUCGCCUCAUUAAAAAACGUUGCACUGAGUGUGAAUAAAAAAGAUAACACUGUUGGUGCAAUAGGAAGUAGCAGCACGUUGCUGCACAAAAAACAGGAUCCCAUUUCACCAAAGACAAAGAUUAAAGAUUCAGAGCAGCUAUCGAAAAACGUUCCAGCUGAAAAAGCACAAAACAAAUCUGAUUCAGAAAACUGCACGUUUAACAAAGAAGAAACUGUGAGAGAUAACGCAGCAAAACAGAAAUGCUCAUCCCCAGCAACUGCAAACGAAAAUGUUUUGAUUCCCAAAAGUAAGUCGAGGCCUGACCCUCCGUGUGCACCACACACAGAGACAAAAACACUUGAAAUGAAAUCUCACAGUGCAGCUCCUCCUGUCCCAGCAGUCAAGGGCAGUCCAAAUUCAAAACAGAGAGAUCUGUCUAAAGAAUCUGCGACUUCAAACAUCCCAGUAACCCAUGACUCUAAACAUAAAGAAGUCUUGUUGCCAUCAAAGCAGGAGGAGUCGGUGCAGCUGACACAUUCUCCCACUCUCGCUGACAAGAAGCAAAGAGAAACCCAGGCCAAAAGCUCUGUAGCAUCUUUAACUCAUAUUAUAAAAGAAAACACUGACUUCAAGCCAAAAGCUCUCUCUCCUCCUAAAACUGCCCCUUUAUCGUCAGCUCUAAAGACUUCUGCAGCUCCAGCACCAGUUAUUAAAAGUCUUGAUGCCAAACAUAAAGACCCCUCACCCAAACACCAAGCCCCGGCCGUCAGAAACCAUCACGGCUCCAAACCAAAAGACGCUGCUUCACCUCAGCAUCUAUCAGAUGUUUCCUCCCAGCAUGAUCCGCCACCGGUGCUGCCCAAACCUGCAGUGAAAAAAGAAACGUUUUCACAGAGCAGCGGAGCCAUCUCAGGCCGAAUCUCCACUUGUGCGCCCCAGGAGAGCACCGGCAAGGUGUCCAAGGAAGGCCCCAAGGCUGAGACGCUCAAACCGGACAACCAAAGGGGCCCGGACCCCAGAACCAACACCACCCCUGACAAACAGGUGUCCUCCUUCAAGAAGGAGCAGGCAGAGAGGAAGAAAAAAGAGACAGUUCAAGAGUCUGCACAAAAAAAUACGAAAAGAGACGCAACGAGAGCAACUGCCUCCGACAGAGACACUGGCAGGAAGCAGCAGAAAGAGUCUCCUCGUUCUAACAAAAAAUAAAGAGAACAGCAGCUCCAGAGAAUCCAGAUGUAAUAAAAUGUUAGAAAAUGAUUUGUGCAAACAUCAUCAUGCCUUCUUUUAUUUCUCUUUUGUUUGAGGACCGGGCAAGCUGUUACAUGCUGAUAGAGAGGUAGGUGUGUGCGAGUGUGUGUGUGUUUAAUAAGAUGACAACAAAUGUUUUUCGGUCUGAAUGUAGGCAAAUCAUUUGCAGAUGAUUUCUGGUGUUUUUACUUUUAACGUGGAGUUUGAAUGUUUGUGUUUCUGCUUUGUGCAAUCAGUAUGCGAGGGGGCAGCAGGGAGGAGCCUUACGCAGGUUGUGACGUACUGUAGAGUCAGUGCCAUAAAUGAUUUUUGAAUUGCACUCUUACUUCGAGACUCCUGAAGUAUUUUAAUGCAGUAGACCACACAGAUUUGUUGUUCAGCAAAUUUAGCAGUUGUAUCACGAUUGUUUCUGUUCGGCAUAACCCGAUUCUUUUUCUGUUGGGUUUUUUGUGCAGUGGUACACAGAGGGAACGCACUACGUCCUGUGCUUUUCACCUAAAACUAUAAAAAUAAAAAUGCAGAAUCAUCUCAUGGUUCUAGAAAUUAUAAAUUAGUGAAGGGGCCUUAAAAUUCUGGGAAAUAAAAACGUCUUGCUGUUCUUAGCAAGGUGUGGUGUUUAUUCACAUUCCUCUGACAUCUGUACAUAUAUUUUUGAUUUUUAUGCAAUAUGAUAAUGUAAAUAGAUAUGAUAACACUGUAAAACUGGGAUUCAUGGGCUUACAUGAUUGUCGUUUGUAUUAUAUGUAUAGAUUUUGCAGUGUCAUUUGUUUGUAUGCUCAAUAUUAAGAGUAUCUGCUCGAUAUCUCUGUGGUCUGAAGUAAGCUACCGUGCUGUAUCUCGUCAAAGGCAUCCUCUUCUUUUCAACAUGUUUUCACGUUUCCAAAAUUAACUUGACGAGAGCGUGAGAGAGGAGAGGCACGAGGGGGGUACUGGGCUUUUUCUAAAAAUGUAGCAUUAUAUAACAAAACUGUGAGGGCUGUCAGCAUUUCCCAAGAAUGUCUUUAAUGUCGAUGAUGUGUUUGCUGACUACGGUUUAAAGAGUGUAAAAUAUGAACUGUUGUGUUUGAUUACUGGGAUGAACCAGAUAUUCUGUUUGACAAAUGUUACUGCAGUGGGUUUCUAAAGACCUCUGGGGUUACUCUGUCUUUAUUAUGCAGUCAAGCAAAGUACAGGUUUCAAAACAAAGGUUAGAGAGCAAAAAUCUAUACACUGCAAUCAAAGAAUAGGUUUGAAAGAAAAAUUAUCGACACUGCAGUGUAAAAUAUAUUUGGAAUUAAAUAUGUAUUAAUGACACCAAAAGUUGUUUGUGAAACAAAUUGUUUUGUUUGUCAGAGUUUGCAAUUUUUUUUUUUUUUCGUUAUUAUUAUUGUUUGGGAAUCCAAAAGUUGUAUUUUUUUUAUUUUUUUUUGCAAACCCCUCCUUUUUUUCUGCCAAUUCAAGUUAUGUUUUAAAAUCCCAAAUUUCUCUUUUGGUUUUAAAGGUUUUAACAUCAAGCAAAACUUGUAUUCAAAAGGAAAACUUUGGGAUUUGCAAACAAAACUUGAAUACAUUUUAAAAACAUUUAAUCAUAUAUUUAUUUUUACUGAAAACUGUUUUAAUUGCAGUGUAGAAAUCUACUAUUUUUUAUUGCAAUUUGUAAAGUUUUGCUCUCUGACCUGUUCUGUUUAAUGGUAUAAUAAAGACGGACAGUAACCCCAUACACCUCCGGUUAUCUCCACGUCUGUGCAGAAUGACAUAAGAUCAUGUGAGUAAGAUAAGCUUACAGAGAUCUUCACCGUCCGGGUUUUUCAAAGGAUUUUGAUGUCAGGUUUCAGUCUCAGUGUUGUUCAAGUCGUGUGUGAGUGUUUCGAUGUUUCAAAGGACUCUUAGUAAAGAGCAGCAACUGGCUUAGAGCUUCACCUGGUAAAAAUUUUAUAUAAGAGGAAUCUUGAUUAUUUGCAUCGUAUAGUUCAUGUCCACAACAUACAUUUGAUGUUGGUACUACACGUAUAGACAUAGUCAUGUACUCGCAUUAACUUUCAGCAACUUAUUUACACACAAACACGCGUUUCUACUGUAGAUGCCUUUAAAUUGCAAAACCCUAAAUGAGAGAGUAGCCUAGGACACUAAGUAUGUAAUGCAGUAUUUGCUGUGCUGCACCGGCUAUGUAAAAACAAUAAUCUACAUAUACACAGAAUAUAGUUUAUCUAAAUGGCAUACCGUAUCUGAGAAUGAAACUGAAACAUGUGAGAUUGACUGCAGAGAUUUUAAUAUUAAAAGAAUCUUCUUGCAUUAGAUAUUUGUUAAUGUAUCACUAAUGUAACGUGAGAGAACAAAAUGCACCUUAAUGUUUGCCAAUAUUCAGUUCAAAGGGUGAGGAGAAGAUUAAAACUGAAAAUGGUUUAUGAAUUCCCCUCUCGUCCAAAUUUAAAUGGAUCAUCAAUUUUAUUUGAACAAAUUGUAUUUUUCCCCUCCCCUCCUUUUUUCUUUUUUUUCUUGUGAUGACUGACAUUUAAAUCCUCAAAGCACAUUCAAUGUUUGUUUACAAAGCAUCAUGGAUGUAUAUUUUGUAUAUUGUUGAUUUGCCAAAUCUAUGUUCUGUGUCAGAGAUAAUGUUGUUUAUAGUAGUGUGAGACUUUGCUCCCCUGCCACCACGACGUUCAAUAAGAACAUUUGUUUGUGCUGUAAUCAACGUCUUUUCAUACGUCAGCAGGUUUUUCUUCUUUCUCUGCUUGUCCUUUCAGUUUCCUGUUGUUGUUUUUUUUUUUUCUUCCUCUGUGCAAAACUAGUAUUAGAUGAACUUGCUUAUGAUGGUUUGUCUUUUAGAAAAUGUGCAAUAAAAGUGUUUUGAGUUUUGUAUUUUGCCCAAGGAAAGCUCUAUGGAUGUCAUAGAUGUUGUAUAUUAAAACAGAUAUUUAUACUUCUAAUGUUGCGUAAUACUGAAAAUAAAAUGGAAUUAUAAAUUAA